AUUAAAUAUUUAUGAUUUCUAAAACAGAAUUAGAGUAAAAUUCAGAAGACAAGGAAAAUAUCAUCAUUGUAAAUGAGAAGAAUGAAGUUAUAGGUUAAAUAUAAAGAAAAGAAAUGAGAGAAAAAAAAUUAAUUCAUAGGGCUACAUAUAUUUAUGUAUUUCAAACAUAAACUAAAAAAUUAUUUAUACAAAAAAGAUCACAAGAAAAAAGAUAUUGUCCUGGAUAUUUUGAUGCCUGUUUUGGGGGAGUAGUAGCAUAUAAUGAAACAUAUGAGACAAAUGCAAUAAAAGAAAUUUAUGAAGAAAUUGGACUGCAAAAUGUAAAUAUAAUUCCUAAAAAUGAAUUUUAUUAUGAAGAUGAAAUUAGUAAAAUCUGGGGGAAAAUAUUUGUUUUAUAUUUUGAUGGAGAGAUCACUUAACUUACUCCUCAAUAGACUGAGGUAGAAUAUAUUGAAUUGAAAGAAAUUAACGAGAUAAUUACAUCCAAAGAUAAAUGGACUCCUGAUGGAAUUUAUGCAUUAAAGUUAUUGUUAAACUAAAUGAUAUAGUGA